AUGGUUGAGGUGCUGCUGCCGCAUGCGCGCAGCGGGCCGAGGCCUUUCCCAUGCCAGGUCUUGACACCCAGAAGUUGCCGCGGCUCCGCCCUGCGCAUCGCACCACCUGGCCGCCGCCGGGCGCCCAUCCUCGGGGCAGUGGAGAGCACGCCGCGGGUCCAAGUCACAGGCUGUGCGGCCUAUACGACCACGACCUCGACGCCUGCGAGCAUCCCAGGGCCUGAGCGAGGUGUGGUGGACCAAGCAGAGGUGCCCACGGGCACGUCACGUCCGCUCCCGGCAGAGAUUGCGGAGGCCGAGCGCCAAGCGGCACGCCAGCAGCGACGGCUGGAGAUGGAGCGGGAGCUCUGUGAGAAGCUCGGACUGCCCGAGGUUUCCGAGCAGCCGGCAGCACAAGUGCGGCCGCGCUCCGCCGGCCUGGCACCCAAGCGACCUCCAAAGCCCAAGCCGCAUCGCUCCAUCGGACCCCAGGCCAUGGCCGUGCCUCAGACCGUGGAGGAGCUGCCGAAGGUUCGCCGGUGGAAGUCGGCUUUCAUGCCGCUCUGGCUGGAUGUGGCCCCGGAGAAGAGCCCCGACCCGUGCGAUCUCGCAAAGACGGCGCCGGCUGCGAUGUCCGCCGGCUAUGAA